AUGGGCGAACAACUCCAAGACAGGAUGAAGCGCUUCAGCCAGAAAGUCCUCUCUCGAGGCAAAGACUCCACAAAAUCGUCCAAGAAGAAUAAAGACUCCAAAGAUGGCACCGCGUCUCCCUCGUCGCGGGAUCCGUCUACUCAGUCGCCUACCCUGACCCCUACGUCCUCGACCACGGCCGUCAAUGAUAUUCGCAAUAAGCCCCUGCCGCCAAACUCCACAGACGGCCUCGGCCAGGGCGCUGGUGUCGACAGAUUCGGUGCCAUGGGUGCCAACUCCAGCCCCAACGGAAAUUCCAGAAUGCCUCCCACAGUCGUCAUCAGCCCAACCCCAGGCCACGUCCCGCCUCCAGGCGCCGCCGAGACGAUGCCGCACGACCUCGCGCCUCCCAAGCCUGGUCAAAAGUCGCUCAUGAUUCACCGCGGAAUAGAUAACCGCGAUGCCAUUCCCGAAGGACUCCGAACCCCCAAACGACAGCAUUCGUCGCGUUUCGACAUUUCCACCAACCGAGACCUCGAAAAGCUACCCGGCUUCCACGAAGUUCCUCCCAACAGGCGCCAGGAGCUCUUCAUGCAGAAGAUUGAGCAGUGCAACGUCAUUUUCGACUUCAACGAUGCCAGUGGCGACAUGAAGGCAAAGGAAAUUAAGCGACUGGCUUUGCACGAGCUGCUUGACUACGUCGCUAACAACCGACAAGUCAUCACCGAGCCCAUGUAUCCCAAGGUGGUCGACAUGUUCAGCAAGAACCUCUUCCGACCCAUUCCGCCGCCGAUGAACCCCCAGGGUGAACCUUUUGACCCGGAAGAGGACGAGCCCGUGCUUGAGGUUGCCUGGCCCCAUAUUCAAGUCGUCUAUGAGUUCUUUCUGCGCUUCAUCGAAAGCCAGGACUUUAACACAAACAUCGCCAAGGCCUACAUCGACCACAGCUUUGUUCUCCAAUUGCUCGAUCUCUUCGACUCUGAGGAUCCCCGUGAGCGUGAUUUCCUGAAGACCACUCUCCAUCGAAUCUAUGGCAAGUUCCUAAACCUGCGCUCAUUCAUCCGCCGAUCGAUCAACAAUGUCUUUUUCCAAUUUACAUACGAAACGGAGAGAUUUAACGGCAUCGCGGAGCUCUUGGAGAUUCUGGGCUCCAUCAUCAACGGUUUUGCGCUCCCGCUUAAGGAGGAACACAAGAUUUUCUUGACCCGCGUUCUCCUUCCCCUGCACAAGCCGAGGAGCCUGAGCAUGUACCACCCCCAGCUCGCAUACUGUAUUGUGCAGUUCCUAGAAAAGGAUGCGUCCCUAACAGAAGAUGUUGUCCUUGGACUUCUUCGCUACUGGCCGAAAGUAAACAGCACAAAGGAAGUCAUGUUCCUAAAUGAAGUCGAGGAUAUCUUCGAGGUCAUGGAUCCUGCCGAGUUUGCCAAGGUGCAAGAACCACUCUUCCACCAGCUGGCCAAGUCUGUCGCCAGUCCGCACUUUCAAGUCGCUGAGCGUGCGCUUUACUUCUGGAACAAUGAAUAUUUCUGCAACUUGGUUAGCGACAAUGUCGAAAUCAUCCUGCCCAUCAUGUUUGCCCCUCUAUACGAGAACUCGAAGGGCCAUUGGAACAGGACUAUCCACGGCAUGGUGUACAAUGCUAUGAAACUCUUCAUGGAGAUCAAUCCACAGCUCUUUGACGACUGCUCUCACGAGUACACCGAGCACCAGAACAGUGCUGCCGAGCGUGAGGCUCUACGUGAGCGCAAAUGGGCGGCCCUUGGCGAGCAAGCUGAGUCUCGCCGCAACUCCAUGUCCUUGGAUACGAGCGAGCCCCCGCAAAGGACACAAGUAACUGGCAUGCCUCGCCUGGACGAGGCGGACCCGGCUACAGACGACAGCCAAAAGCGAAUGGACUCGCUACGACUACAGGACCAGUCUGGCCGCCGACCCAGUGUUCACGAGCGUCAGGGCUCGACUGGCUCAACACGUAGCCGGUGA